AGGAAACAGAAAAUUCUAUCAAUCCUCCUUUCAAUUUUGGUGUUGAUGUCAUUGAUGCGAAAGAUUUCUUUUUCGUUAUGGAGUAUGGUGGACAGUCAUUGAAUACACGGCACAUGGAUAUCUUAUUUUACUAUCUGAGGAAGAAAGGAAAAUAUAACAGUAGCAUACAAAUGAAGUUCACAACAACUGACAAUUAUUUCGAUCAAACUUUUCAAUCUUUUGUGAGGCUUUUCAAGGAUACCGGAGACCGAGACCUGAUUUAUGAAGAUCAUCCAAUUUCUCAGUAUAUACGUGGCAAACGUAUGAUUGCGAAUACUCCAUGGGCUGAGUGUGAAUUUGUGCUGAUCCCUUUCCAUGUGUCUUCAAAUAAUCAUUGGGGCCUUGCAGUACUGGAUUUUAAGCUCAGGACGAUCACAAUCUAUAAUUUCAUGCGUUCAACUUUGAGUGCUUCGUCAACUAGACUGAUUGGGAAUAAUUAUGCCUCUUAUCUUCCUUUAUUUCUUUCCAAGUUAGAUGUGUUCAAAGAUAAUCCCUUUUCUGAUUUGCGUUCACCGUUCUAUACAAGUCAAGGAUUAGAAGAUUCUUUUCAGUUGAUUGUUAAAUAUGACCUGCCAGAACAACAGUUCAAUGAUUGUGGAGUUUUUGCAUUCUCUUUUGCUGAAUAUAUUGUGCAUGGGAGAGAGCAAGAGCUUACAAAAGAAUUUGAUGUGAAUUCCCAUCGAAAGCGUUUGGCUUUUGGUCUUUAUAAGUAUGAAAAAUGGAAGAAUAUGUUUAAUGUUGUCAGUGAAUCAGAGAGUUAUCAGGACAAGGACCAAAAGGAUGGGAAUGUGAAAGCAAAAAGAUACAAGAUUCGAGCUGGAAAACUGAAACUGUAG